GUGCGCGAUGCGGGCGGCGCUGAGGGCGCAGCUGGGCUGGGUGCGCCGGGCGCUCCGUGAGGCCGCGCCGGGCCGCGCACCGGGACCUCCCUGCUGGAGCUGCGGCGUUGCGCUCCCCAGCAGCGAUGGGCCGUGCUUCUGCCCCGCCUGCCAGGCUCUGCAGCCGCCGGCGCCGCGGCCUGACCUCUUCCGCCUGAUGGACUGUGACCGCUCCUUCCGCAUCGACGCGGAGCAGCUGCAGCGGCGGUUCCGGAGCCUGCAGCAAGCUGUCCAYCCUGACCGCUUCGGCCAGAGGCCGCCGAAAGAGCAGUACUACUCUGAGCAACACUCUUCCCUGAUCAACAAGGCCUACAAGACCCUGCUGAGCCCUCUGAGCCGAGGCCUCUAUCUACUGGAGCUGAGGGGAGUGGAGCCAGCACAAGAGACAGACUGUGAUGCCACGUUUCUUACGGAAAUCAUGGAAAUUAAUGAGAAAUUAGCAGAGCCCAAAAGUGAGGAUGUCCUUGAAGAAAUUGAAACUUUAAUUAAAGUUAAACAAGAAGAACUGACCAGAGAGGUAACUGCAGCUUUUGAAAGAGAUGAUCUUCAAGAAGCUAAGAAGCUUCUAGCAAAAAUGAAGUAUUUUGCAAACUUAGAGGAUAAACUAAAGGCCAAGAAGAUCCCUUCMUGAUGUUGCCUUAUUUGCUAUUAAGAGUCCGUGUUAUUUUCAAUUAAACAAAUGGUUUAGUUAUCAAAAUCAKACCAGUGGUGUUUGUUUCCUACACUGCCAUUAAAAGCUUUAAUUCUGAGAGGAGAAAGAUAAAUGUAAAAGAAAUGUAGCGCUUGCUGCAGCACUUCAUUAACAGAUGGCAUUUGAAAUGCUUAGAACUGGGGAAAGUUAUAGUGGGUGAAGUGGGCCACUGUCCUGGCAGCCACAGGUAUGGAAACAAGUAUCAGAGAGGCACACAAACACCAGAUGUGAGAUUUCUUACUGCCUAAAUUACAAAAAAAUUAUUUUAAGUUGAGAAAGG